AUGGGGGCUGUGAUGGAUUGUCGAUCCACAUGGGAUGCGUGGGGUUUCUUACUAAUAAGCAGCCAGCUAUGGCCCAUCCCAGCCACCUUCAACAUGAGCUACACUUUUCCAACAAGACGAGGUGGUGCCCAUUUCCUUGCGAUGCAUGUGGUGCCACUGAGAGGGGACUCCUACACCUGCAACAUAUGCAACUACUGGAUACAUGAGCGUUGCGCGCUCCUUCCUGAGUCUAAGGACUUCCCUCAUCAUCACCACCCUCUCUCCCUCGCCUUUUCUCUUCCCCCUGAGUACAUCCGAUAUGAAUUUGAUUGUGCUAUAUGCAACACAACUUUGCCAUUGCGACGUUGGGUCUAUCAUUGCCACCUCUGCAGAUAUGUCGUCCAUCUCAACUGCGCCACCUCUACAUUUGAUAACGACAAUGAAAAUGCAAAUACAAUUGAUGAUGAGAAAGAGGCUACCAAGUUUCCAAUAGCAGUAGAAGACAUGUAUGUGGAGAUGAUCAAACCCUUCCUUAAGCGACACAAAGGGCAAAUUCUGAUCCCUCAUCAUGAUCAUGAUCAUGAUCGUGAUCGUGAUCAUGAUAAUCACAACAUCGGUGGCAAAUACAACUUCUCCAAUCACCCUCAUCCACUAACUUUUAAUACAUUUUCAACUUUAUCGUCUUCCUCAUCAUCGUCGUCCUAUGAUCACUACAAAAAAGACGAUGAAGAAGAAGACGAUGUAGAUGAUUUUGACAGGUGGGAAUUAACAUGUGAUGGGUGCACACUGCCUAUACGUGCAAAGAAGCAAACAGAUGAUGAUGAUUAUGAGAAUGAGAAUGGUUACAUGAGUUGUGACGAAUGCAAAUACUGUCUCCACUUGUCAUGCUUCAACUUACCACUUGAGAUCCCCUCUCUUCCAAUUCAUCCUCUUCAAGAUCACAACCUAAGGCUUCAAAAUGUUGAUGGCAAGCUAACAGGUUGGAUACGAUGUAAUAUUUGUUAUGGUUAUGCUAAUGGGCUCUAUUACGGUUGUACCUACUACGGCUGCUUGUUCGAAAUAGACCUCAAGUGUGCUUCUCUGCCCAACACCAUAAAACACGCAGCUCACCCACGACAUAAUUAUCUCAGGCUUAUCACCGGAGAAUAUGGGUCUGGUUUCUGUGUUAACUGUUAUGAUUUUAUAAGUACACGAGUAGGACAAUACAGAUGCAAUAGCUGCAGAGUCAGUGUAUGUGGUAAAUGUGUAAUGCUACCAGCAAGAAAUGAGCAUAGAUUGGAGAAUCACGUGUUGCCGUUGACAUAUGAUGCCCGGUUUAACCGUCCCGGUGAGUUCUACUGCAGCAACUGCGAGAAACAAAUGGACCCCAGGAGCUGGAUAUAUCAUUGCCGAGACUGCGAUCAAUCCUUUCACCCCAAAUGCUUUCCUGCUGCGUCGGGUGAAUACAGGAACAUCAAAUUUGGGACACAACAAUAUGUGUUUUCCAAAAUUCAUGAUCCUCACCACUCGCUUAGAUUUCAAAUCAUUUCCAAGAAAAAGAGAUGUGAUCUAUGUCAUGAAGACAGGUAUGAUGCGCCUGGAUUUCAAUGUGUGUCGUGCAACUUUGUCGUGUGUAAAGACUGCGGUUUGAAACACGCACAUGGAUGA